AUGCCUCAAGAUGUCCCGGACAGUCUCGAUGGUUGGUGGUGCGACGCAGCAGACGAGUACGCCUUUGGAGGCUUCAGUUACGAGGUUACCGCAUGCCAGACCUUGGAUCGACUGAGGGCAAACUUCAGCGACAUCCGCAACACCUUCAACUCUCGUUACAACACUCUCGGCGUCCACGCCUUGAUCUGGUUCGGAUUUGACGGGACAGAUGAAUUGAUCAGUCGGUGCGACACCCUCUUCACGACCUUGCACACUAUACCUAAGGCCAAAUACGUUACUCGCGUCGUGCAAUUUGGUUCUGAGCCUCUGUACGACGAUGCUUUGAGCCCUGACAACCUCACGGCCCAGAUCUUGGCGGCGAAGGCCAACCUCUCUGACCUCAGCAUACCGGUCACGGUGUCCGAAUUGGCAUAUGGAUACCAGGAGAGGGGUGGCACUCAGAAUGUGCUGGAUGUCAUAGACUCGAUAAACAUACAUAUGCUUCCGCUUUUCAAUUCAAAUGCAUCGACGGCGAACGAGUCGUGGCCUAUAGUCUACGGUGACCUGGAAUGGUUUAUCGAGCAUGGCAAUGGCAAGAAGAUGUAUUUGACGAGCAUUCAGAAUGGAUGGCUUUCUGAGAUUGCCCUGACAAGCCAGCAGCCCAGCAGUCCAAACGCCGUCGCCGACAUACCCAACGAGCAGGCAUACUACCAACUCUUAGACGAUAAAUGCAAAUACCUGAAGACCGUGUCGGGGAGUGGGGUGGGGUGGUUUGCACAUAUCUACGACGAUAACAUGGAACCUGAUUAUGGUAUCUACAACUCGUCCGGAGCCUUGAAGUUUCCAUUCAGUCCCCGGACACACUGCUAG